CGGUAGCGGCGGGAUGGAAAGCAAAGGACUUUGAAGACCUGGAAACCCCUAAUUUCGGGAGAGGGUAAUAUCGUGCUGAGGUGCGAGGAGAGGGAAGGACAAUAAAGAACUAGUCGGCAAGAGUUUCUCCGAGUCCAGAGACCCGGGCUCUUGAGGCGCGUUUUGGAAAGCGCGGCCGAACACGCCAGGCGGCUUCUGGUGGCCACCAAGGGUUUUCCUGUCACAGGAAGUUAGGCCCGGCUGCUGGGAAACAGAAGGGAAGGAGGAAUGAGAAAGCGGUGACGGCACCCCGCCCCGCAGGUGACUGUCCCACCCAGUGAGUUGAAUGUAGCGGCCCGGGAGGUGCUCGGCCGCCCUCACGGGUGAGACGAGGAGGAGCGAGAACCAGACUACAGCGAGAGAAAACAGAGGUGGGAGGCUGAACUAUCUCCACAUCUAGUUUCUCCAGGGAUUUCUGUGUUUGUUUUGUAAAACAAUGGGAAAUCCAGAAAACAUAGAAGAUGCGUAUGUUGCUGUUAUUCGUCCAAAGAAUACUGCCAGUCUCAAUUCUCGGGAAUACAGAGCUAAGUCAUAUGAAAUUUUGUUGCAUGAAGUUCCCAUUGAAGGACAGAAAAAAAAGAGAAAGAAAGUUUUGUUGGAAACUAAACUUCAAGGCAACAGUGAAAUAACACAAGGCAUAUUGGAUUAUGUAGUAGAAACCACCAAGCCAAUUUCUCCUGCAAACCAGGGUAUUAGAGGAAAGCGAGUGGUACUAAUGAAGAAAUUUCCUCUGGAUGGGGAGAAGAUGGGCAGAGAAGCAGCAUUAUUUAUUGUUCCAUCAGUUGUCAAAGAUAAUACUAAAUAUACGUAUACUCCAGGAUGCCCAAUUUUUUACUGCUUACAAGAUAUUAUGCGAGUCUGUAGUGAAUCCAGCACUCAUUUUGCUACACUUACAGCAAGGAUGUUAAUAGCCUUGGAUAAGUGGUUAGAUGAACGUCAUGCACAAUCUCACUUUAUUCCAGCUUUAUUCCGACCUUCUCCUCUUGAGCGGAUAAAAACUAAUGUCAUAAACCCUGCAUAUGCAACUGAAUCAGGUCAGACAGAAAACUCACUACAUAUGGGCUACAGUGCACUAGAAAUAAAGAGUAAAAUGUUAGCCCUAGAGAAGGCAGAUACUUGUAUUUACAACCCUUUGUUUGGAUCAGAUCUUCAAUAUACAAACCGGGUAGAUAAAGUGGUAAUAAAUCCAUACUUUGGUCUAGGAGCUCCAGACUACUCAAAAAUCCAAAUUCCCAAACAGGAAAAAUGGCAGAGAAGUAUGAGCAGUGUCACAGAAGACAAGGAACGACAGUGGGUAGAUGACUUUCCUCUCCAUCGAAGUGCCUGUGAAGGAGAUUCAGAAUUACUAAACCGUCUUCUCAAUGAAAGAUUUUCUGUCAACCAAUUAGAUAGUGACCACUGGGCGCCCAUUCAUUAUGCAUGCUGGUAUGGAAAAGUUGAGGCCACUCGCAUUUUGUUAGAAAAAGGAAAGUGCAAUCCAAAUCUUUUAAAUGGACAGCUUAGUUCUCCUCUUCAUUUUGCUGCUGGAGGAGGACAUGCUGAAAUAGUACAGAUUCUCCUAAACCAUCCAGAAGUUGACAGACACAUAACAGAUCAACAAGGAAGAUCCCCUUUAAAUAUUUGUGAAGAAAACAAACAAAAUAACUGGGAAGAAGCUGCAAAGCUAUUGAAGGAAGCCAUUAACAAACCAUAUGAAAAGGUUCGAAUAUACAGAAUGGAUGGAUCAUACCGUUCUGUUGAACUGAAGCAUGGAAAUAAUACCACAGUGCAGCAGAUAAUGGAAGGAAUGCGUCUCUCUCAAGAAACACAGCAAUACUUCACUAUUUGGAUCUGUUCAGAAAACCUCAGCCUUCAACUCAAGCCUUAUCAUAAACCCUUGCAACAUGUUCGUGACUGGCCAGAAAUACUUGCUGAAUUGACUAAUUUGGAUCCCCAAAGGGAAACACCACAGCUUUUCCUAAGAAGAGAUGUGAGACUUCCUUUGGAAGUUGAAAAAAAGAUUGAAGACCCACUAGCUAUUCUUAUUCUCUUUGAUGAAGCCAGAUAUAAUUUAUUGAAGGGCUUUUAUACAGCUCCUGAUGCUAAACUGAUAACAUUGGCAAGUCUACUGUUGCAAAUAGUUUAUGGAAAUUAUGAGAGUAAGAAACACAAGCAAGGUUUCCUAAAUGAAGAAAACCUAAAAUCCAUUGUACCUGUUACCAAACUAAAAAGUAAGGCACCUCACUGGACAAACCGAAUACUUCAUGAAUACAAGAAUCUUAGUACAAGUGAGGGUGUCAGUAAAGAAAUGCAUCACCUUCAGCGCAUGUUCUUACAGAAUUGUUGGGAAAUUCCUACAUAUGGAGCAGCUUUUUUCACAGGACAGAUAUUUACAAAGGCAAGCCCCAGCAAUCAUAAAGUCAUCCCUGUGUAUGUAGGAGUGAAUAUAAAAGGACUUCAUCUCCUCAACAUGGAAACUAAGGCUUUACUCAUCAGUCUUAAGUAUGGUUGUUUUAUGUGGCAAUUGGGGGAUGCUGAUACAUGUUUUCAGAUCCAUAGUAUGGAAAAUAAAAUGAGCUUUAUAGUACACACAAAACAGGCUGGCCUUGUGGUAAAACUAUUAAUGAAGCUAAAUGGACAGUUAAUGCCGACCGAAAGAAAUUCAUGAGAGGAAAGCAGCUGAUACUUAAGCCAACAAAUUUUGUAAUGCAGAUUUUUUUCCAUGAAAGAUUUCUUAAACUAUUACUUUUAACAAGGCAUUUAGUCUCUUGUAAUAUAUAUGUAUACUAUUACAUUGUACAGAAUCUGUACUUCUGUUUGGUGUGUAAUAUACCAGUUAGUUUUAUAUAAUAUCCUCAUAAGCUAUUCUAAUUUUUGAGAGAAACAUGCAAAAAAGUGUAGAUUGAUCACUUGUAUAUUAAUGGACAAAACAGUAUGCUUUAUAAAAAGUUAUUUUUCGUAAAUGGUAAAGAAUUUGGAGUGCAAUGUAAUGAAAUUAAAAUAUAGCUUUGGUAUAACUUUGUGUGUCAUUUCAAAAUAUACUGAAAGUUAACAAAGUUGAAUAAAGAAAAUAUAUUUCCUAUUUAAACCACAUAACACUGCUAUUUCAAACAUUUUUCUGUAAUCCAAGAAAAUUUCUCAACAUGUUUUUAAAAGUCUUAGUUAAAAUGUGUAACUAGUAUAAAUUAGUAUUUCCCAGAGUAUAGUUCUUGAAACCCCCUGCCUCAUAAUUAACCUGGAUCCCUCUUUAAACAAAGAUUUCUGGGACUAAGUAUAUACAAGUUCAUUCACUGUCUAAAAGUAGCCAGUCCUAGGAAUCUUAAAUUUGGCUUGCUUUCUAUUGAAAUAAUUCCAGACCCAGUCAUGAAUUUGUAUGAAAAUAAAUGACACAAAAGUGCCUGGCAUACAAGCAUACACAUAUAUAGACACAGAUUAAGUGACAAUCUCUGGAUAUAAGUGGUUGCAUUUAUUACAUAAAUGUUGUAUUUUUAUGAUUUGGCUUAAUGAAUUAUAUUGCCUUUACAUUGUAGGAAGUAGAUCACCGAGUAUCUGUUUCAUUUAGGGGAGUACUGAUACCAUAGAUGAGGAGCUAACUGACUCGUAAUCUGAGUCGUCUGACUCAUCUUGACUAAUCUGCUAUUUAAUAAGUUUAGAAACUAGUUUUUCCAAGCUAGCAGAUUGAUGUAUUCUAAGUACAGAGAUACAGUAGUCAUAUUUGAAGUUGUCCUAAAGAUAGCAGAUAAUUUUUAUACAUCGUAAUUUACACUUCACAUUAAUUUCUGCUUAUUUCAAAUGGUGCUCUUUCUGAGCCUUAUUAAAAUUAUAUGGUUAAGUAAAUUGAAUGAGAAAGCCUGCUUUAUCUCUAAUUCUGUGCUAAGCACUUUUGAUUCUACAUAGACAAUGCCCUGUUCGGUUUCAUUCAUUCCAAUGGCCUCAACUGAAAUACCCUGAUGACUCCCAAACCUAAAAUUUCAGCCUCAGAUUCUCUUCUGAAUUCUAGAUCUUAAUUUCCAAUUUCCUGCUAUUCUAGCUCUACCUAAAUGGCGUACAAAAGGAACUUCUAUUUCAUCAUAGCUGGAAACAGAAUCUGUUUCCUCUGCUUGCUCAAUUCUGUCCUUCCACUUGAAUUCUCUGUUUGGUUAGUGGCAUCAUCAAAUUGCAUCCAGUUGCUUAGCCUGGAAAUCCUGGAGUGGUUUUCAGCCUCUCUCUCCUUUCUUAUCCUAGACAUUCCAUUUAUUGGGUCUUAUCAAAUGUCUUGUGAGUGCUUUCCCAUUCCCUUCCUCCCUGGUUGCACUGUAUCUACCCUAGUUCAAGUCCUUACCACCUGUUCCUAAGUUUGUUUAACUUCCUCCCUGGCUUUCCCUGGCUGAGGUUCUACACCCUGCCUGCGUAUCAGCCACACUGGUGCCAAGUUCACCUUUCUUACAGAUCUGAUAAUUUCAUUACCUUCUGAAAACCUUUCAUGGUUCCUUAGUAUAUGUAGAAUUAAAUUCCAUUUCCUUAGUAUUGAAUACAGGGCCCCUAAUUACAUGGUCUCUAACCUUCCUAUCCAGAUUAAUGUGUAACCACCUUUCCCACACUCAUCCUGUGCUCCAACCCAGUGUUUCCUAACCCUGGUUCUGAAGUCAUGGGGGGAGUUUCACUAAAUAAUGACUCAAUAAAUGUAGGGUGGGGCUCAAGGAUUUGUUUGUGUGGGGUUUUUUUUAAAGAUUUUAUUUAUUUAUUUAUUUGAGAGAUAAAGCGAGAGAGCACAAACAAGGGGAGCAGCAGAGGUAGGGGGAGAAGCGGGGCUGGAUCCCAGGACCCUGGGAUCAUGACCUGAGCCGAAGGCAGACGCUUAGCUAACUGAGCCAUUUAGGCGCCCCAGGAUUUCUGUUUUUAAAGUGUCCCAUGUAAUUUUGAUGUACAGCUAGGAUUUAGAAUUGCUCUUAUAACCAACUUGAAGAAUUAGCUAAAUGCUUUCCCUUUCUCAGAGGGAGGUGAGGAUGCAAUGAUACUACAUCAAACAACUCCCUGCUCCGUAGAAUACAGUGUACCCUCCUGGACUUACACAGUAUGGCAACCCAGUAGAGAAGGGAAGACUAUUAGAGUAGCUUGGUAUUAAAGGCUUAAAAAUACAUAGCAUUAGAAAGUCAAUUUUCAAAUAUAGUAUUGAGGGAAAAAAAUGAUCAUUUUCUGUCAGAGCAUAACCAGAAAUAAACAAUAAUAGAAAUACAAACAAGCAGGUUUUAAUGAAUGCCUAGUAUUGGUCAGACAUUGUAUGUCCAUACCAUUUUCCUUUUCAUCAUUCUUUCAAUAAAUCUUGAGUGCCAUUUAUGUGCUAGGGAUCCAGUGGUAAGAGAAACAAAGCUCCUGCCUUUAGGGAACAAAGUUUAAUGAGGGAUACAAUAAAUACUCAUGGAAAUACAUAUUUAUAAAGUCCAAUAAGUGAUGAAAGAAAAAUAAGUGUAUUAUGUAAGCAUAAAGUCGGAAACUUGAUCUAGCCUUAGAGAUCAGGAGAGGCAUCCCUGAGCAAGUGAUGCUUGAGCUGGCAUCUGAGGGGUGAGAAAGAAGGGUAUAAAGACAUUUAAGGGAGAAGGGAAAUGGAGUGAGAUGUUUUGAGCCCAAGAAUGGUCCUGAAGAAUUGAUAAAAUUUUCUCAUUUUUAGCUAAAAAGUAAAUUCAAACAAUUAUCCAAAUCACAACAAAUGAGUUUCCAUUUUAGAAAUAAAACCAGAUCAGUGA